AUGUCACAAUUCUGUACAAUGCCAACUGGAGAGAGGAAGAAGCGUGCAGCAGCUAUUUGCCGAGAAGUCCACGGUACCAAUGGGGACGUUAUGGAUCUUGGAAAGAAGCACAGCACUCCUAAAGACAUUAUGUUGGAGGAGCUAUCAUUGCUUUCCAACAGAGGUUCCCGGCUUUUCAAAAUGCGCCAGAGGAGAUCUGAAAAAUAUACAUUCGAAAGUAUACAAAAUGAGGCAAACGCACUACUGAAUAAUGAUAUUUUAACUCAAAAUACACACUCUGUGGAAAUUAAAGUGGACGCACCAGCCGAUGGAAAUGCUGGUAAUCCAGAAAUCACUGUUUCAGACAUGACUGCAGAGAAGUUAACAGCCACAGCUUUGCCCAAGAUCUACCACUCCCCGUGGGAUCAGGCCAUCCUCAGUGACCCCGACCUCGCCGAAACCAUGAAACUGACAAUGUCAGCACCAGACCCACGACCAGACCUUCUUGUGUACAAAAGCUUUAACCGGGUUGCCACUCCUUUUGGUGGCUUCGACAAAUCUCCCAGAGGAAUCACAUUCAAGCUCCCCGAGUUGGACCUGAAUAUGCCCAGGUACCCGGAGCUGCAGGAGCCGGGAGUGAUGCGACCCACCUUCAAUAGGUCGGCCCAAGGGUGGAUAUCUGAGGGCACCCAUCUGAUCAUACCCACUAUUACCCUGGAGCCCAUCAACAUCCCAGAGUCUGAUGACCUGUAG